CAUUCUCUUUCUAAGCUCCCAUUAUUUCUACUACCUGUUUCUGCACUUUCAGUGGGCUCUCUCUCUCUCUCUCUCUCCCACUCCCUCACUACCUCCUCAUGCUUCAUUUUUAGCUUUUCUCUCUUCUGGGUUUGGUCUGAUUUCCACUCAUUCUUCUUUUAAAGGCAUCAGGCUAGAGAUUCACGUUGUAAAAAAUGGUUCUUUCCGAUAAUAACAACAACUCUAAUCUGAUCAGACCCACAAGCAACUUUCAAGGUGGUGGUGUAGAAAUGGGUAGCAGGCACAACAGGAGAGCUUUAGGAGUCAUUAAUCACAAUUUAGUGAGAGGUCAAUCAUACCCAUGUGUUGUGGUUAACAAGAGAGGCUUAUCAGAUAAACAGGAAAUUUGUGAAAAGAAGCAGGCAGAUCUAGCCCAUAGACCAAUUACCAGGAGGUUUGCUGCACAAAUUGCAAGCACCAAACAAUCAUGCCUUGAGGAAACUAAGAAGACAACAAAUGGGUUUGGAGAAACCAUAUUCAUUGAUGAAGAAUGCAAAUCUCCUGCAGACCAGCCAGUGCCUAUGUUCUUGGAACAAGCAGAAGCAGUACCUGAUCAAAGUGAUCUUAUGGAGGAGGUUGAAAUGGAAGAUAUAGUGGAAGAAGACCCAAUUGCAGAUAUUGAUAGCUGUGAUCUAAAGAACCCACUUGCAGUUGUAGAUUAUGUUGAAGAUAUCUAUGCUUUUUAUAGAAAAAUGGAGGGGUUUAGCUGUGUCUCAUCCGACUACUUAGGACAACAAUGUGACAUUAAUGAGAAGAUGAGAUCUAUACUGAUUGAUUGGCUUAUUGAGGUCCAUGACAAGUUUGAACUCUUGAAAGAGACAUUGUUUCUCACAAUUAAUCUCAUAGAUAGGUUUUUAUCUAAGCAAACAGUUGCAAGAAAGAAGCUUCAGUUGGUUGGACUGGUUGCCAUGCUUUUGGCAUGCAAAUAUGAGGAAGUUUCUGUUCCUGUUGUGGGUGAUUUGAUUCUUAUAUCAGAUAAGGCUUACACAAGGGAUGAAGUUCUGGAAAUGGUAAUUUGUUAUAUCCCACAACUGGGCUUAGGUUUGAAUCCAUUAUUACAUCAUUUUUCAACCUGGAAACUUAUGUCAUUGACUUAUACAAUGGUCUUUUCCAUUUUGCAGGAGAAACUGAUGCUCAACACAUUGCAGUUCAACAUGUCAGCCCCCACACCUUAUGUCUUCAUAAAAAGGUUCCUCAAGGCUGCUCAAUCUGACAAGAAGCUUGAAUUGCUAUCCUUCUUCAUGAUCGAGCUGUCGCUGGUGGAGUACGAGAUGCUUAAAUAUUCACCAUCCUUGUUAGCUGCAGCUGCAGUCUACACUGCUCAAUGUACUCUUUAUGGGUUCAAGCAGUGGAGUAAGACCUGUGAGUGGCAUACAAGUUACUCAGAAGAUCAGCUCCUAGAGUGCUCAAGAUUGAUGGUUGGUUUCCACCAAAAGGCAGCAACAGGAAAACUAACAGGGGUCCAUAGGAAGUACUGCACAUCUAAGUUUGCCUACACAUCAAAAUGUGAACCAGCAAACUUUCUCUUGCAGAAUCAACAGCUAUAGCAGCAGAGGACAGUGCAUGUAUUAUAUAGCAGAAGCAGCAGCGACUCUAACUAUAACAACAACAUGACACACGACUCAUGACUGGACUACUCUAUUCUACUCUACUCUACUCUACUCUACUCAACUCUAUGUGCACAUAAUAAUUCAGCAGCAGCAGCAACCAAGGUUGCCUCUGGGAAUUUGGUAUUCUAAAUUUGCAGCCGGGUUGGUUGGUUGUUCAUUGCUUUACAGCCAUUCUUAAUUUUCUAUGUUCCAAUUGAGCAUACCACAUGAAGAGACUAUCCAUCUCUUUCCUUCUUUCUAUUGUUUAUUAUUAUUAUUAUAACUUUUCAUUUUUUUUUCACUUUGGACUUUGUACUUUUUAUUGUUCCCUUUGAACAAUAAUGUGAGCAAUAAAAUACGAAACUUCAAAUA